AUGUCGGUGGCCCUCUCGUUCGGCUUCGACCGCUCCUUCCUCUGGUCGACCGAACUCCAGCACAACCUGGUGUCGAUCCAGCCCCACAUGAUCGAGCGCCUCCGCCUCCGCUACUUCGAACUGUACUCGGCAGCCCCAGCCCCUGAACAUCAACAUCAACAGCAACUACCAGUGCCGCAACAACUCGACCCGCAACACCAUCGUCUUCGCGAUGACGAUGAACCUUUUCCUCGUACGCUCGCCCACGCCCACGUGGUGGAUACCAUCGACAGUGCCGGCUGCUCGGUGCGUGUACGGGUCGAAACGUUCUUCGUGCGCUGGGACGACUUCACGCAGCGCUACUGCAUGAAGAGCAACAAGGGCCGCGACGAGUGCGUGCUGCAGGCCUUCCGGCACGGACGUCGGCCGCACGACGCCGAGUUCGAUCGACUCUACGACCUCUUCUCGUGGCUGCUGCACGAGAGCCGCCUUCUGUUCUCCCCCGGUGAGCCGGCCGCUCUGACCACCGCUGCCGCUGGCCCCGAAGCGCUUCGUCGUAGCGUCGACGAGCCCAUCGCCAUCACCGUCGUCGAUGCCGAGCAAGAGCCUGCGGCAGGCGACGAUCUCCCGCUCGCUGCGCUCCGAUCGCUCGCCAUCCGCACCGAUCCGGCGGAAGUGACGCCCGCGGUGAGCCCCGUCCACGCGGACCUUGCGCGCUCGCUCGGCGUCUUCUUCGGCCGCGAGUCGGACGUGGUGCAGGGCUUCCUCGAUGCCGACUUCGUGUUCUCCUCCCCCGACGGUCGAGCCCUGCGUUGGCGGUCGUACCUGCUGGCGCAUCUGAUGCGGGACAUCACCGACGCGGUGCUGGGCCUCUUUGGCCUCCGCCAGACCAAAUGCGACGACUACCCGGCCGCCCAGCUCAGGCAGAUCCACGACUCGGUCCUGUGCCGCGCCGACAUUGCCAUCUCCCCUCAGCGAUGGGCGGAGCUGUACCGGCAAUGCGUGGACGGUACACACCUGGACAUGGGCGAAGACGGCCUGAGCCCGCCGACGGCGAUGGACGCCGCGUGGGCGGAGCUGGCGGACAUCCUCGGCGCCGUGUUUGUCGACGUCGGCAAGCUGGUGCGCGCGGUCGUCGCCUUCCUCUCCGCCCCUGUGACGGCGGCCCCUUCUGCCCGCGGCUCCCCCGACCCAGCCGCCACCGGCGAUGAUCACGCGCGCCUGACCAGCUUUCCGAACCACAACCAAAUCCACGUGCUCGGCAACCUGCUCCAGCUGCCUGUCAUGAAGCGCGAGCCCUACUGCCACGCGCUGUCGUUCCUGCUGCCCAACGAUGCGACGACGACGACGACGACGACGACCGACGGGCGGGCGCUGCAGGCUGCGGCCGUGGGCUACCUGGCCUGCAUGGUGCGCCUGAACGCCCGGCGGCUCGAUCGGCUGGAGCUGCUGAAACCGUUCAUUCGCUCGUGGAUCACCGACGGCGCCAGGCCCGAUUUUCCCGACGAGCUGAUGGCCGACCUGCGGUACUUUGGCGGCGUGUGGGGUUCGCUCAUCAUUCACGACAUCAUCGCCGGGAUUCACGGAUUCGUGACGCGUUCGAUUCGAGGCUACGAUACGCGGGCGCUCAAGCAGCGGAUCGUGGGCGUCGUCGUUUCGGUGCUCGGCGGCGCGCUGCUCGAGCCGGACUUUGCGAGGAUUGUGCGUGGUGGCAGUGGCGACGACGACGACGACGACGACGACGACGGGGAGCAAGGCAACUGCGAGCAGGAGGACACCGCCAGAGCGCUUGAGACCCUCAUGCUGGCGCUGCGCGUCAUCGACCAGUGUCUGCCCCACGACAGCCUCAUGUUCGUCCGCCGAAACUGCGCGCCCGCCGCCGAGCGCCUCCUCGACGAGACCUUCAACCGAGGUCUGAACGACUCGGCCGUCGUGCUCGAGCGCCUGAUGGGCACGCGCGUCAUCGACCGCCUCACCGCCGCCGUGCUCCGGGCCAUCACCCUCGAAACCCCGCCCGCCGCCACUCCACCGGGCAAAGCCGCUGAUGGCGAUGGUGAUGGCGAUGAUGGCAACGCCGAGGAGACGACACGUCGGCAGCAGCUGGUCGAUGUGGUGAGGAGCGCCGUGGAGAAGAUGUGCAUCGGCACGGCGUCGGGCGCGGCCGUGACCCAGUCGGUCCUCCCGCCGCUCCCGCCGCACACGGCGCGCCGCCAGACGCGCAAGCUCGUGCGGACCCGGCGGAAGCUCGAGCAGGAGGCCGAGGGACCCGUGCGCGUCAUGCUCGACGCCUUCUUCGCCGACGCCCGACGACUGGUCGCCGCCUUCCACCAUCAACAUCAACACCAACAUCACGCCCUCCUUGCCUCCGCCUUGCACGACGUGACCCUCGCCCUCGACGACGUACGUGCGUAG